UUUCCCUUCCCCCCGGCCUGCCGCUUCCCCAGUCCCUGGCUGCUCGGUGCGCGUCUCCGGCCCGGCCUCCCCAUGCAGUCCCGGCUUCUGUGCUUCAGCGGCGGCCCCGCAGCGCGGAGAGUCCGGCUCAUUCUGCAGCAGGUGGCGCGGGGCCGCCUGGCUGCGGAGAGGCAGCUGCAGCCGGAGGUCAGGGCGCUGCAUGGCCUGCGAGUCGCCGCAGGUCCUCUUCACAUUCUCUUGCAGGACCCAAGUCUCCUAUACCUUUGACAACUUUGAGUGUGCAGUCAGGGGAUACUGUUACUAUUGGAGAUGUGUCAUUUAAACUCAAAACACCAAAGAGCCCGGAACUUGUGCCACUGAACUACAUGUCAGACAAUUUGGCCCAGUCUGUAGUCCAAUAUCUAAGAUGGAUAAUGCAAAAAGAUCUUUUGGGGCAAGAUGUUUUUCUUAUAGGGCCCCCUGGACCUCUUCGACGCUCUAUUGCCAUGCAGUAUCUGGAGCUGACCAAACGAGAGGUUGAGUAUAUUGCACUAUCAAGGGACACCACAGAAACGGAUCUGAAACAGCGCAGAGAGAUCCGAGCUGGGACUGCUUUUUAUAUUGAUCAGUGUGCAGUCCGUGCAGCUACAGAAGGCAGAAUCCUUGUGUUGGAGGGUUUGGAGAAGGCAGAGCGGAACGUCUUACCUGUGUUAAACAAUUUGUUGGAAAAUAGAGAAAUGCAGCUUGAAGAUGGGCGCUUUCUUAUGUCUGCAGAACGUUAUGACAAGCUGCUACAGGAACAUACUAAAACUGAGUUAGAUGGAUGGAAAAUUGUUCGAGUAAGUGAAGAUUUUCGUGUGAUAGCACUGGGCCUGCCAGUACCUAGAUAUUCUGGUAACCCAUUGGACCCUCCUCUUCGUUCUAGAUUUCAAGCAAGAGAUGUUUAUUAUCUACCCUUUAAGGACCAUCUUAAGCUAUUAUACUCAGUUGGAUCAAAUGUUUCUGCACAGAGAAUCUCUCAGCUCUUGUCUUUUGCUACAACUCUCUGCUCCCAGGAGUCUUCUACGCUGGGACUUCCAGAUUUUCCUUUAGACAGUUUAUCAGCUGCAGUUCAGAUUCUGGAUUCCUUCCCUAUGAUGUCAGUCCAGGCUAUAAUCAAAUGGCUUUACCCUUAUCAUAUUCUAUUAGGAAAGGAAGGCAGGACUGCAGUAGAAGAUGCAUUAAAACGUUUUGAGCUCCAGGAUUCAGAAAGCCCUUUACUUCCCAAUAGGAUUAAAAAAGUGGAACAAAUACAUGGCAGCAAGACCUUACAGGCUGAUGUAACUGUCCAGAUUGCUGAAAAAGAAGUGAAAUUCCAGGUCCCAGCUGGGACUAGACCAUUAAAACUGUGUUCUGGAUCAGACGCUUUCAUAAAGACUUCCAGCCAUAAGCAGCUGUUGGCAGAAAUGAUGCAGUCACAUAUGGUUAAGGAUAUGUGUUUGAUAGGCGGAAAAGGCUGUGGCAAAACAGUUAUUGCUAAGGAGUUUGCCAAUAUGUUAGGAUACAACAUAGAGCCUGUCAUGCUGUAUCAGGAUAUGACAGCUCGAGAUUUGGUGCAGCAAAGAUAUACUCUUCCAAAUGGAGAUACUGCUUGGAGACCAUCUCCACUUGUUACUGCUGCCUUGGAUGGGAAGCUUGUUAUUCUUGAUGGUAUUCAUCGUGUCAACUCUGGCACCCUAGCUGUGCUACAAAGGCUAAUCCAUGACAGAGAACUGACUCUUUAUGAUGGCACCAGAUUACUACGAGAAGAUAGGUAUCAGAGUUUAAAAGAUGAACUGCAGCUCUCCAAUAAGGAACUACAACAGAGGUCCAUCUUUCCAAUCCAUUCCUCAUUCAGAAUAGUUGCCCUGGCAGAGCCUCCUGUCAUAGGAAGUAGCACAAAGCAGUGGUUGGGCCCAGAGUUUCUAACUCUGUUUCUGUUCCAUAAUGUUAAGUCCUUUACCAGGAAUGAAGAAAUUCAAGUUAUUAAAGAAAUGAUUCCAAAUGUGCCCACGGUUGCGGUGGAACAGUUGUUAUCAUUAACACACAAGCUUCGGGAGACAAAUGACCCCACA